AUGAAGUUCUUCACUGGUCUUUCCAUUGCCACCCUGGCCACCGCGGUCAGCGCUGUCUCCCUCAACCUGAACAAGCGCGACUCUCCCCUGGAUGUCAAGCUUGAGAUGGUCGGCAACACCGAGGUCAAGGCCACCGUCACCAACACCGGUGCCUCUGCCCUCAAGCUCUACAAGGCCGGUUCCUUCUUGGACUCUGCCGCGGUUGAGAAGGCUGAGAUCUACUCUGCUGAGAACCGUGUCAGCUUCGAGGGUGUUCGCCUCCGCACCCUGACCAGCAGCCUCAGCGAGGAUGCUUUCCAGAGCCUCGCUGCUGGUGAGACCAUCGAAGUCACCUUCGACCUCGGCACCACUCACGACCUGAGCACCGGUGGUGCUUUCGAUAUCCUCACCCAGGGUGCCAUCCCCUACGCUGAGGCUGACUCGACCGAGCUCACCGGCGCUCUGUCCUACCUGAGCAACAAGAUCAGCGCCAAUGUCAACGGCGCCGAGGCCUCCAAGGUCCGCCGUGACUUCAGCAAGCGUGCUGCCGUCCAGUCCGACUGCACCGGCACCCGCGGCACUUCUACCCGCACUGCCCUCUCCAACUGCCGCAGCCUCGCUCUUGCUGCCUCGUCGGCCGCUUCCUCCGGCUCCUCCAGCAAGUUCUCCGAGUACUUCAAGACCACCUCUUCCAGCACCCGCAGCGCCGUCGCCGCCACCUUCUCCAAGGUCGCUUCCGAGUGCGGCAGCACCACCAGCGGUGCCUCGGACUACUACUGCACUGACGUCUACGGCUACUGCGAGAGCAACGUCCUGGCCUACACCAUCCCCUCGCUGUCCAUCGUCGUCAACUGCCCCCUGUACUACAGCGCUCUCCCUGCUCUUACCAGCUCUUGCCACUCCCAGGACCAGGCCACCACUACUCUCCACGAGGCUACUCACCUUACUGAGAUCAAGGGCACUGAUGACCUCGGCUACGGCUACAGCGCUGCCACUGCUCUCAGCGCCAGCCAGGCUCUCAACAACGCUGACACCUAUGCUCUGUAUGCCAACGCUAUCUACGCUGGCUGCUAA